AUUAAAGUCGUAGAAGAUGGGUUAUUAAAAUAAAAUACUUUAUGUUGGAGCACAAAUUAAUAAAAGUAAUUAACGGUAACUAAUUAAGGGAAAAUGUCGAUCCCAUUUACAGGAAUAUUGGCACGAUCUGGUGGAGUAUUGGGUGCUAUUGGAAGACAGGUUAAAUUGUUGAAUUUACAACCGACUAAAAAAAUCACUGUACAGUUUGACCCGUUUUACGAAAAAGUAAAAUAUGUCAGGGACUUCCUGUUUCAAAUUUCAACUCCAAAAGUCUUGAGGACGAACUUGACGUGUGUGCUGAAAACUAACAUAGUCUGCGAUAGAUCCGAGCCAACGGUAACUUGCGAGUUAGUUAACGGAGAAAAGGUCCUGUUCAAGUGCGCAAAUUUAGAUACAUUGGACUUAUUAACUCUGUACAACAAACAUAUUACUCCGCUAGCACCUCCGGAGGAGAUUGAGACAAAGGGAAUUAUUAAAAAGAAGAAGGCUAAGAAAACUAAAAAAAGACGACCCUUGCACAGAAGAUAAAUUUAUCUAUAGUUUACUUUACCGCUAGAUUUUUUAUUUCCUUUUCUUAAAAUAAUUAUUUUAGUUUUCUAAAAUGGGAAGGAGGAAAGAUUAUAGCCU